AUGACUACCAGUUUUUCCUCCCUCUUUGCUUCGCUGCCCUCCCAGCCGCACUUAUCUGAGUGGGGUACUGAGACGGCUGGCAAACUUGAUGGUCUCGAGGGUCUCCCCAUUGAGAUAAUCCUCGACAUUUACCAACAACUCGACGUAUGCAGCAUCUUCUCGUUGGGCCAAGUCAACACACUCUUUCAUGGACUUUUAAAAAGAAACAAGGCUGCUAUCCUGUUACCGGUUCUUCAAAGGGAGUUCAGUCCGUUUACUGAACUCCUUCAAAUCUACACGGCAUCGGAACAGGAUUUAAGCCAGUACGGCGAUACUUUUCAGCCGAGAAGGGUGGUCUUCAGGCGUUUCCCAGGUGACUUGACUGGCGUCAUUUUGUCACGAGGUGGUGUUCACACAAACUACGCACCAUUCUCCGAGCAUGUAUUGUUCACCGGAUCCCUCAGCAAUGGCAAGCCUCCAUCUACAAACGUACUUCCAGCGCCAAGGUCCGUGGCACUUGUCGAUCGUGAUCUUGACUCUAUGCUUAGGCACUGUUUGGUUGUACGACGGUGGGAAGAAUUGUAUCCUCAACUUCACUGGUUCUCAACGCCUGAGGACUGUCGCCAACUCGAUGACUCAGAAAAGUUCAAGCUCCGUAGAGCUCUUUAUCGCUGGUGGCUCUACGCCUUCUACUUCCAUGGCGAGCUUCCUCGGCCUCGAAGUGGCGGACCUGAACCGUUCGUCAACGACGUACGAACCAGCCAAAUGAGGUUCCAUCCUACACGUGAGUUGAUGGAAAUGAAAGAUCUCUUCACUUCUGUAAAAAUUCUUGUACGUCACUAUGUUUAUCCAAACCUGGAACAGAACUUGGAGCCUCUCCAGCACAUAAGCCCGCUCGACUCCAUGAUCGAGAAAACCAUUCAGGAGCGCAUCGUGGACACUUAUGCGAAGCUUGAUCCACGGGACCUUAUGUUCUACUUUGAGAACUUAUUCAGUUAUCCCCGAAAGCGUCUAGUGACAGAUGUGAACCUCAAGCACCCUAACUUUUCUCGAGAUCAAGAAUCGCUUGGGGCAGCAAUUCAGUCUGCACUAGAUGAACGUCCGUGGCUCGAUGAUGUUGCCAACCUAAAUAGUGUGGGGAGCAUUGUGAACAAUGACAAUGACUGCAAAGACAGGUUGAACUGUGACGGUAGCCAUGACGGAACAGUUCCACCUCCUGGGGCCUUGCAACGACCACAAAAUGACUGGGCGCCACCAGGAGAUGAUGGACGAACACUCGCAGAGCGGUAUCAAUUUUAUCAAAUCGCACAAAAUGAUUUGGACGAUAGCCUAGACUAG